AUGCUAGAUGAUGUAGAUGGCAUGUCAUCAGAAUAUGACAUGCUGGACGAUGUACAUGACAUGUCAGAAGAAGAAGAAGACUACAAAAGGAACACGUCUGAAGAUGAAGAUGUCAUGACAGAUGAGGAUGAUGAUUUGACAGAAGAUGAAGAGGAUUUUCAGGAUGAUUAUACGACAGGGGAUGAAUUUUCAGAUGAUGGCAUCCCAGAAGAUGAAGAGAAUAUUUCAGAAGAUGAUAUGCCAGAAGAUGAAGAGGACUUUCAAGAAGGUAAUGUGCCAGAGGAUGAUUUUUCAGAUGAUGGCAUCCCAGAAGAUGAAGAGAGCAUUUCAGAAGAUGAUAUGGCAGAAGAUGAAGAGGACUUUCAGAAAGAUAUUGUGCCACGGGAUGACUUUUCAGAUGAUGGCAUCCCAGAAGAUGAAGAGAGCAUUCCAGAAGAUGAUAUGAGAGAAGAUGAAGAGGACUUUAAGGAAGAUAAUGAAGAUAAUGUGCCAGGGGAUGACUUUUCAGAUGAUGGCAUCCCAGAAGAUGAAGAGAGUAUUCCAGAAAAUGAAGAGGACUUUCAGGAAGAUAAUGUGCCAGGAGAUGAUAUUUCAGAUGAUGAUAUCCCAGAAGAUGAAGAGAGCACUAGCACUUCAGAAAGUGGUGAUUAUUUUCCAGAAAAUGAUUAUAUGCAAUCAUACUUAACAGCAGUCAGCAGCUGCCACCCUAUAAUGCCCUGUUGA